AUGGAAGAGGAAAACAAUUUAUUACAAGGAAAUCGAUUUGCCCUUUUGCUGAGUACUGAAGGCGAAGACGGUGGAGAAAGGAUUUUACGGCAAAAGAAAGAUGUUAAAGUAGAAAAGAAGAUUGCUACUACGCCUGCUGUAGGCAGCAAGCAGAAAGUGAUGGAUCAAUCGUCCAGAGCAAGAUCAGAGAAGACCAACAAAGCGGAGAAUAAAACUGAAAAAAGGACUGAUAGACCUCGUACUGGCAAAAGAGAAGGUCAAAACCAGCGUGGAUUUAGCAAUCGUGGAAGAGGUCGUGGCGGCGAUCGUCGCGGAGAUUACCGUCAGAGAGACGAAGUUUCUAACGGUGUUGGAGAAGGCAACUUUUCAGAAAGUUACAGAGGCCCAAGAGGAGAGCGAGGUGAACGAAGUGAACGAGGAGGCGAACGAGGCGGCGGUGAACGUGGUGGCCGCGGUAGAAGAGGUGGUCCUCCUCGUCGCGGACGUGGCGGAAUCGCUAGUGGCAGUGGCAGUGGCAAAUUUGCUGGAAAAAGAGAAUUCGAACGCCGCUCUGGAAGCUCCAAAACUGGUGUCAAGUCCUUCGAAAAGCGUGAAGGUGGCGGCACACAUAAUUGGGGCAAACCUAGCGAUGAUCUGAAAGCAGACGAAACCAACCAAGUAGGAGGCUGGGGAGAUACUCAAGAGGAAUCAAAGAAUUGGGAUGACAGCACAGAAGAAUCUGCAAACUGGGGUGACCAACCUGCAGAAACGCGAGAUUGGGGCGAUGACAGUGAAAAUGUGGAAGACGAUCAAGAGGAAGCAAUUAGCCAACUGACUCUGGAUGAAUACAAACAGCAACAGGCCAAGUUGAAAGGUAAGCCGGAAAAGAAUUUGCGAAGAAGUGGUGAAAACGAAGAUCAAUCAAAGUGGAGAAAUACUAAGGAACUAGAAAAGGAAGAAGGGGAUGAUGCCACUGAAAAUGCCAAGUUCGAAAGACAAGACAGAGGAAAGAGGGAAUCAUAUCGCAAUCAGAAAAACUUAACAGAUCAGGUAGAGAUCAAUCUGCAACCUCGCCAUGACGGUGGAUCACGAGGUCGCGGUGGGCGCCGAGGCGGCCGUAGCCGUGGUAGAGGACGUGGCCGAGGUGACUUCCAUGGUCGCAAUGGAAAUGAUCACUUUAACAGAGAUCGCCGGGAAGCGGCCCCAGACGUCAGCAAUGAGCUAGAAUUUCCUGCAUUGGCUUAA